UAAGUGUUUCUUCAUAGUGAAAGAUUGCAUAUUAUAGUGUCCCGUCGCUGUCGUCGUCGUCGUCGAAAUUCCAGUGAAAAUCAACCAACAAAAACGGUGCAAAAUUGCCGAAAAAAGCGUCCGCUUCUACUUUUCGAAGAGGUUUCUUUUAUUUUUGGUUUUCCUUUGGUUUCCUUUCCUGGUCCUUCCAGCAGUUAGUGGAAGCCGGUUGCUGAUCCUUCUUCUUGCCAAUUUCCAACUCGAAAAACAUCACCGCACACCGUCAGGCCGUAAAGCGAACAGUUCACUCUAUUUGAAGUCCCCAAAACGACAACCCAUCGGAUAUACAAUGGCCGAUCAGCAGCAGUACUUCCUCAAGUGGAAUGACUUUCAAACUAAUAUGGUGACCUCGUUCCGGCACCUCCGUAACGAGAAAAGCUUCACAGAUGUAACCCUGGCAUGCGAAGGGCAGACGUGCAAAGCUCACAAGAUGGUGCUAUCUGCUUGUAGUCCUUACUUCAAGUCGUUGCUGGAGGAAAACCCCUCCAAGCAUCCGAUCAUCAUCCUAAAGGACGUGUCUUACAGCCACCUGCAGGCGAUCCUAGAGUUUAUGUACGCCGGCGAGGUGAACGUGUCUCAGGAACAACUGCCGACGUUUUUGAAAACCGCCGAUAGACUGAAAGUCAAGGGUCUCGCAGAGACCCCUACGAAUAUCAAGCGAGAGGGUUAGACGGAGAGGACUGGUGUGUUGUUGCGUUAUGCCGUAUUCUUUCGUCUCCUAAUGCGCCCCGCUCGGCCCCAGAACCUCCUAAUCAGUCACACAGAUACACAUGUAGAACAAACACAGAAACAUAAGCCUCACAUUAUUAAGCUGAUGGUAACUAAAAUUUCGCUAGGAUUUCUGAGAUGGAGCUGCGAGCGGUGCAACAAAUAUUAAGGUAAAUUUUCUGAUGAACCGUAUACCUAUUCUUACACACUCACACAUACACAUACACACACGCAUGAGCUAGACGAAAGAUAGUGAGCGAGCAACCGUGCGUAUAGUAAGAAUAUUAAAAUUAAACUCUAAUUAUACAACAAAAACUUGCGAAAGAGGGCGGCAGACAACCGAUCUUUUUUGCAUAUUUUUUUAGUUUUUACUACCGAUAGUAACGGUUAAUUCCAAAACAACAAUAAUUAUUGAAGACAAGAGCAAUUAUCUUCCUACAGUUUUAUUCAGUUGUUUGAUCGUAUGAAGAUGCACUUUUCCCACUUUUUAUUUGCAUAAAACUUAAACGACAGAAGCAUAACAAAAGUUGAUUGACAGAGUACAGUCAAGUUAGAGGCUGUACGGAAUAAAAGAUGAAAAGCGACGGAAAAUGGAGCGUGAGGAGAGCUGCUUUUUUUUUAGAGAGGGAACAGAAUUCAUUCGACAAUUGGCAUACCGAGUUUUGUUUGGCCUGAAAUGCGCGUUUUCGGUGAAAUGUGUAAAUAUGAGAGAAACGACAAUGGGGAAAUGCAGUGCUAAUUAAUUAGGGAAUGCGCACUUAAAAGAUAUGAAAGCGGGAGUAAAUCUGAUUAAAUUUAUGGAAGAGAACCCGUGCAGAAUAUAUACUAAAGAAUGGAUCAAUUUUAAAGUAGGAAAUAUAUAUCACUUGCAAGAGGAUGAUGAUUAUCUUCCGGAUUUUAUUUUAAUACCUUCUUUCUUUUUUCUUGUGAAAUCGUCUAAAUUGCAUAAACAGAAGAAAAUAAAAAGUAAACGGAAUCAAAGUAUAAGUUUCUUUCCCUCUAUUUCUGCGUCAUCUAUCUCACGCUAUUUGAUUAAGACGUGUACUGCUAUUAUUAUAUAUUUUUUGUUAGCACAAUUGUAUUUCACGAGACAGUAAAAUUUUGUAGGAAUUACAUUAAAAGUAA